AUGAGCGUACGAGUCCAGGAUCCAGCUCUGUUUUUCCUCAGACUUCCUGAUCUGAUGACGUUGUGUGGAAUCACUCUGACGCUGCAGGACGACGAGGACGAACCGAGGACCAAACAGAUCAGAACCUGCAGGGAGCUGGUGCUGCUUUUCUCUGAUGUCCUGGCAUCUCCGGCUCUGGAUUCAUUCACCGACAUCUCGGUGGUCAUGGCGAUCCCGUUUUUCCAGAAAGGCGUUGUCCAGGCGUUUGGGCGGAGACACCGGCUGAAGGUCAGUUGUCCUCAGAUUGUGUCUCCAGGCGUCUUCCAGUGCUGUCUGUCCUUCUCCCUGGUCACCAGACUGUCCCCCCGCUGGAACAAAGCAGGACGUUACCUCAUCUGCGGUCAGGACUUCCUUUCUGGGAGGGGGAGGCUGAAUGCCAUCAGUCUGGAGUUGAGCACCAGUCGGGGUCAAAUGUGUUUCAGCAUCGAAGCCAACGCCGUCCGACUCCCCCCGACCGCAGUGAGAUGACUGACAGCAGCAUUUAUACCCAAAGAU